AAUGAUGUAUUUUGGAAAUAAUUGUAUAUUCACAACGAAGGAAGGCUUGUGUAUUCCUCUUAUUUCUUACAUCAGAAAAUUAUUAUAAGAUACAUUCAAUGUGAAAGACUAUUAAAAUGUGUAUUCAAUGUACCUUGAAGCAGCGCAUUGAUGAAUGCAGUAAUGCAGUGGAGAGAGAAGCUAUAGAGACUCUUUUAUCAAUAGGCAAUGUUCUCAAUUCUAAAGACUACUGUGAAGUGUACAAGGCACGUCAAACAGCUUCUAUGAAGACAUGCAGAGAACCAGCUCCUUCACCGAAAAAAGAAUCUAAACUUGCAAUGCUUUUGAAGGAAGGUAAAAUAAAUGACAAUGAACUUCCAUUUGAUCGUCCAAGUCUUGUACCAAAAAUAGUGAACAGUGCCAUUAGUGAGAAUACCAAGACAUCUGAGCUGACAAACAAUGGAUAUGCAUUGAAUUCUCAGUCAGUCCUCAACAACAACAUUUUAAGGAAUAGUCCACUUAACAUUAAUACAUUGAGUACUAAUCUACCCCAAAAAACAACUGUCAUCAAUAAUUCAUCACAGCCACUUGUUCAGGUCAUUCUCAUUAAUAACAAUACAGUACAGCCACUGCAGCAAGCCAUGACAUGUAAGGCCUGGUUAGAUAAACUUUGUCCCAUUGCACCAGCUCCACCUCCAGGAAACAUGACUGUGGAUGAUAUCAUUAAUUCUAACAAUGGAAGAAGAAGGAAUUAUGCAUGUACAUAUGAUAAUUGUGGGAAAACAUACUUCAAGAGUUCACAUCUCAAAGCUCACCUUCGAACACACACAGGAGAGAAGCCAUUUGUGUGUGAUUGGGAAUCCUGCAAUAGAAAAUUUGCAAGGUCAGAUGAACGUUCACGACAUAGACGAACACACACAGGAGAGAAAAAAUUUACAUGCGAACACUGUGAAAGGCGAUUUAUGAGAAGUGAUCAUUUGGCUAAACAUUUACGUAGACAUGCAAGUAAAAAAGGAUCAUUAUCAUCAGACAAUAGUUCUGCUUCACUUAUGUCAUGGGCAUCAUCUAGAUCGUCGACCAGGACAUGGCAUUCAUCUGUAUCAGAGGAAAGUUCAGGGUCAUGGCAAAAUGAUGAGGAUAGGUCAGAUGAUAACCAAUCAGUUGACUCGUAUGAUUCCUCAUCUGUAGGAAGUGGGUGUGGUGACAUAAUUGUAACUCCCAUGGAAGUGACUGUGUAGAAAUGAUCAUUUAUGUGUUUAUAAUUAUCCCAGUGAAAACAAGCAAUAUUUUUUGUAAUUAUUUCUGAAUAUAUAUGUGUAUGUUUGAUUAUGUUUACAUAAUUUCUUUGAAAAAUUAAUUUGUUGGAAACAAAACUAAAAACUCAUACUAAUUUAUGGCAUAUAUGCCCAUGACAGAGAAUAUGGGCAUGUUUUAUUUAACAUUUAUGUAAAUGUUCAUGUGCUUUCUUUGGUGUUUCAAUUGAUGACAAGGCUAGCAACAUCAAGUGAUUUGAUAUUUAAAAAGUUAGAAAUAAAUUCCUGUUCAUGUUCAGGUAAUGAUGUAUUGCCUUAGGCAAGUAACAGUUUUGUCAAUUGACUGAUAGCAUAUCAAACAACAUUGUCAUAAAUGUUAAUUGCUGAGAAUUAUUUAAGGUAAAAUCUUGUAUUGGAUCUUUAUAAAACAUUUGAAUCAAUUUUUUGUAAUUAUAAAUAUACAUUGUAAAAUGUUAUAUCUUCAAAAAUGAAAUGCUACAUUUUAGAGGCAUUGAUAUUAAAGGGUUUACAUUGUACCUGUCUCAGGUUUAAAAAUAAAUGAACUUCCUGUAAGUAUCCAUUAAAAUGAUUAAUUGGAAAAGAACCAAUAUACAUAUAUUAAAUGAAUAGUACUUUCAUUGCUCUUUUAAAAAUUUGUAUUUGGAAAUUUCUACACUAGAACUGAAUCCUCAAUAGAUUUAUUAAAGGACCAAGUGAGUAUAUCAGAAAAAAAAUUCUGUUCGCCAUUGAUGUACUAAAAAGUCUAAGCAUGAAAGUUUUUUUGUACUUUUACCUAGACUAAAUGGAAUAAGUUUUUGAGUAAGAUGUCUGUGUAUGCAAGGUUGUUAGAUGGUUGUAUAUUAUAUAAUUAUAUUUUAAAAUAUUUUGUUACAAAUACUGUAGUCAACAUCAUCAGAUCAUAUUCUAAAGCUUGAAUUUAAAGAAUGUUUAUACCCUGAAGUAUACAAAGCUGAAGCCAUAAUGUUUAUUUGAGUCCAACACAAAUGGCAAUGAAGUUAAAUCUGAAUCAAAGAAAACUAUGGCCUUUUUUACGUCAAAUUUACAGUUUCAUGACCUUAUCUCAAAUUUGGAAAGAUUAAUUUUUUAGGACAUUUUUUGUGUAAAAUUUCUAAUGGCCACCGACAUAUCUCUUCUUUUGACUUAAUGUGUAUUUUUUACUUAUAUUAUAAUUUUUGUUAUGUGAUUUUCAUAUUAAUUGAUGAUUGAUGGUGCUAUCAUAUCCUUUUCAUUUCUUUUUCAGAGAUGUGUUCUUUAAAUUUGAAUUUAAUGUGUGCAUUAAUUGUUGCAUUCUUCGACAGGUGAUAAAAAUGCCUGAUUAAUUAAUGUUAUUCCUGUACAUGUUAAUGUAAAGGAAUUAUCAGCAAAAAUCCAAAUUUAAGUUUGAGAUGUCAGUCCAUUCACAAGUUUCCCAAUAUGAAAACAUGUAAUUUUCUGGAAUUUCUGAAUUUACAGAAACUAUAUUUAAUAAAAAAGAUCUUGUAUUAUGUUUUCAAUACAUGAUGAGUUAUGGUGUGCCAGAAAAGACAUUACUUAUGAAGUACUCCAUUAUGUUUUAAGAUGUUAACAUAUUAUUGUAUGAACGUUAUACAAAUGUUUUCUUAAAACUCAGGAACUUAUUCAAAAGUUCAAUUUUCAUUUGUUUAAUGUCUACAAAGAAUUUUGUGAAGCAAGACGAUAUAAGAUAAAGCAUCCAUCCAUUUCCAGUCCCUCUGAAUCUAAUCAUUGUCAUGUUAUUAUGUUUUUUCUGUAAGGUGUCUUAAUGAAGUGUCGAUCUUGUUUCCUGCCUUCCUACCAACCCCAAUGCAUUAAUUGGACAUUUUUGGUUCAGUUCCCUAGAAGUCCAGAAAAUUUUCCUAUGUAGUUUAUGUAAAAUAGUUUUAGAAGUAAAAUCAUUUUUAAUUUUUUACGUACCUACCUUAUUAAUUUCUGCCAGGAGGCAGGGAACAGGCAUAUAUAGUGUAUACUUAUAAAGAAUAACACAUAUUGUAUUAUCAUUUGAUUAUUAUAACAUUUUUAAGAAGUUCUGGAAAAAAUUCAAAGUAAUUUAUUCAAGUAGUGUGGCAGUUUAUAUAAAUUUUGUUUUAAAUUUGGUGGAAAAUAGGGAAGACAUAUCUUGGCAUUCACAGUUUUUUUUUGAUGUUUUCUUAAGAUCUUUUCCUAGUUUCAAUUUUUAUUUUGAUCUGAUAAUUCUGCUCCCAAGUUACUUAGAGAACAAAACACAUCAUAUUUAUAACAUAUUCUUACUUUUGCUGUAUUCAUGAUCAUAUCAAUGCAAUGAUUUUAGAUUUAGGUCCCAUGUUAUAUGGUCUCGUGUUCAUGUUAAUUUUUAUUGUGUGUUUGUGAAAGAUAUAUGUUAUUUAUUAAUUUGAUGCAAUGCAAACUUAUUUAUUUAUUUCUUUAAUUAAAUUGAUUACAUUUUUA